GGAUCGGCGCUGCUGCCCGCUCGCCCGCUGUUGUCGCUCGGUCUGCUGCAGCUGAUCCUGGGCUGCUGUAUGGUGGCACUCAGCUUCGGGGCGCUGUCGCUGAGCAGCUCCCCGCAGGUGAAGAACUCGUGCCCGUUCUGGGCCGGCUCUUCGGUGAUACUCUCUGGAAUCAUAGGAUUAACAACUUGGAAACGGCCUAUGAUACUCCUGGUGAACCUUUUUGUGCUGCUCUCUGUGGUGUGUGUCCUUCUGAAUUUAGCCGGAUUUAUCCUAGGCUGCCAAGGGGCCCAGUUCGUGUCCAGCGUGCCCAGAUGUGAUCUGGUGGAUUUAGGUGAAGGCAAGAUUUGCUUCUGUUGUGAAGAAUUUCAACCAGCCAAAUGCACAGACAAAGAAAAUGCCUUGAAACUCUUCCCAGUUCAGCCUUGUAGUGCUGUUCACCUUCUACUCAAGAAAGUCCUUUUCGCCCUGUGUGCCUUGAAUGCCCUGACCACCACCGUCUGCUUGGUGGCAGCCGCCCUUCGCUACCUUCAGAUCUUUGCAGCCAGAAGAUCCUGCGUCGAUGAAUCACAGAUUUCUGCGGAAGAAGUGGAGGAACACAGACGCAUCCCAGACCCUGACGACUUUGUGCCGCCAGUGCCUCCCCCUUCCUAUUUCGCCACGUUUUACUCGUGCACACCCCGGACGAACCGCAGGAUGGUUGGUCCUGAUGUUAUACCACUGCCACAUAUCUACGGAGCGCGAAUCAAAGGCGUGGAAGUGUUCUGUCCUCUGGACCCCCCGCCUCCCUAUGAAGCUGUGGUGAGCCAGACGGACCAGCAGCAGGGAUCUUCAUUCCAAAUGCCAGAAGGAUCAGGAGCUGCCAGCAGCCCUUUGGAACCGAUCUGCAUGCCGGUGAUUCAAGGUGGGGACAUUCCUAACACACCUAGAGAAGAAGGCGCAGCCAUUUCAACUCCCAGCUCCAACCAGCUGUGUCCGGCGAGGAACCGGAGAGCUCUCCAGCCCCCGAGGACGAGAUCCAAGAGUGACCCUGUGCUUCAUCAUUCUGCAGAGAGAGCUGUCCCCGUGCUCAGCUGUGAAGCCGCGACUCAGACUGAGGGAAGACCAGACCUGGCUGCGGUGACCUUGAGAAGAGGGUUGAGAUCCCGGGCUUCGAGAUGCAGACCAAGGUCUUUAAUAGAUUACAAAUCUUACAUGGACACCAAGUUGCUGGUGGCGAGGUUCCUGGAGCAGUCCUCCUGCAGCAUGACCCCGGACAUCCAUGAACUUGUAGAAAACAUUAAAUCUGUUUUGAAGUCCGAUGAGGAGUACAUGGAGGAAGCCAUCACAAGUGCCAGUUUUCUAGAACAGAUGUCAUUCCCCGCCUCCUUCCCUCUGUUCACCCCAAUUGCCUGAAAAACAGAAGCAAGUAUUUGGAGCUGCCAAGUUCUGGUGAGGUAAGAGCUGGAACAUCUGCAGAGCUGUGGGUCUGGACCUUCUGCAAAGUCUUGCUUGAUGGAAAGUAGCUUUGGGGAAAGAGAACAAGCACUUAUAGUUCAACAGAUGCUAUCACUAUAAAUGUUUGCGAGGUCUUUGUGCACAGACUGGAUCAAAAUUCAGGUACAGGGAUUGUUGCAGUAGACUCUGGGCCAUCUGCCGGGGCUUCCAGAACGGGAUCCCAGUGGUGAGGUAUCAUAAUGCCACACCAUCCCCCAGACAGAAGGAGGCAGGGACGAGGGCAAGGGAGCUUUUAUUUCUGACUCUACCCAGCUUUGCACAUUUUCACCUUCUCUAGUAUUAUUGGGAUGUGUUUUUAUAUCCAUUUUAAUUUUUUACCAAUAUCCAAACCACUUGUCCUAACUUACCAUGUAAUAACAGUAGACAUCUAUGAAUGUUGGAAUUUUCUUCUUACUCAGGAAACAAAAACAGCCUUAAAGACAAAUAUAAUAACAGAGUGUUAGAAAAAUUUGAUGUCCCAUCUUUUGGGGGGAUUAACCUUUGAAUGACCUUAAAGUCUCAGAAUGGUGGAAACUAAACAAAAAGACAUCCCAAUGAUCGUUCUGUGAUGUUAGAUGGUAGUAAAUCACUUGAGUUUUUCCCAACAUGCUAACAGCAAUAUAGGUCAUACAGACAUGACUGUGUAAUUUUAAAAACUGUAUGUACACAGCAGUUGUCCUCUUAUCAAUCUCAGUUGGAUCGGGGAUUGCCCAUUUUUGCUGUUAUAUUUAAAGUUAUGUAUGUGCUGCAUUGCAAAAUAGAUCUAGCAGUAGAAACAUUCUUAACAGCUUUUACAAAUAAAUUGGCCUAGUUUUUAUGUUGUUUAUCAUGUUUUUUUCUUAAUUGAAGAGUUAUCAGAUCAAUUAGAAGCAUCAUUAGUUUUAGCUGACAUGUUAUAAACUUAAGCAGACCGGUGGCUUUACAAUUUUCAAGUAUAUCGGGAUCACCUGAGUUCUUGUUAAAACUACAGAUGCCCAAGCCCCGUUCCAGAUUCCCAUGUCAGAAUUGCUAGGGGGGAGCAGGGAAUCUACUUUUCUGACAGGCUCCCCUCCCCUCUCGUGAUGUGCAGACCCAGUGAGAAUCAGUGGCUUAGACCACAGGGAAGUUGGGGAAAAAGUGAUGAGAAGAACGUUAAAUAUAAAGCAGGACAUUGCAAUAGACAAAUAAUUAAGCAUGGUAGGUCUACAGCUGAAACAAUAGAAAAUUUGGGGUAUUUCUUAGGAACUUCAGGAAAGAGGCAACAUGUUAAGAGACUGGAAUUCCAAGUGGGUUCCACCUUGGGAAAACACCCUUUUUUCUCUCCCAAGGCGACUAAACUAAAUAUUACAUGGAUUAAUGUAGGAGGCAGGUCUGAGGACCACAUCUGGUGAAGCUUAAUCUCUUUGUCACCCUGUUUAUUCUC